AUGGAGGCGACUAUCGGGCGGGGUUCGUGCCUGUCCCCGAACAGGUGGAAACUGACAGGAGUCGCCAAUACAGAUGACGAUGGGAAGGCUACCGAAGAAAUCGAGGGAGGAUCUGUCAAAAGAGUUGGCGAUUUUAUAGACCAUCAUACUGACUUCCUCUACGAUCAUAAUGGUCUUGCGAGACCGGAGCCGUCUCACUCGAGACUUCAUCGCAGUUACGCGUAA